AUGCUAUUUGUGAAAGGAUUGCAGCAGUUGAACUCAAAUGGGUUGGUCGAUAUUGGAAACUUGGCUGCAUGGGAGGUAUCGUCUGCAAAACAAGGAUGCGAUAUCGAGCAAAUACGUGAUGACUCUGCAUUGACGUUCUGGCAGAGUGAUGGCCAGCAGCCACAUUAUCUUGUCAUUAGAUUUACCAAAUGUGUGAAUAUUGAACGAAUCAGCAUGUUCCUCAACUACUCGGUGGAUGAAUCUUACACGCCGGACAAGCUGUCCGUUCUGGCAGGCACCGGAGAACACGAUCUGAUUGAAGUCACAACAAAGGAGUUUUUAGAACCUGUCGGAUGGCAACAUAUUGAAUUUGAAAAUGUCAGCAACUCCGGCUUCCUUAAAUGUUACAUGAUCAAAAUCAAGUUCAUUUCCAAUCACCAAAAUGGUAAAGACUGUCACGUCCGAGCCGUCAAAAUCAUGUCUCCAGCUAUGAUGAACUCAAUCUCUUCUGCUGAUGAUACCAAUGGCGACUGUGUUGGAUUUACAAGUAAAAAGUUACUCAGUGAGUGUUUGAUCAGGUGA